CUUGGUAAGUUGUUAUCAAAGUCGACUGGAAGAAGAUCCAAUAGUAAGUAACUGAAAGGCAGCAUUAUCACCCUCUACUUAUUGCAGUCGGACAUACUUCGUCAAUAAAUCGAUUCUCUCGCAGUGCUUGUAUACCAGGACAAAGACAGAUACCGGCCUAAUCGAGCUAUAACAGAAGCUUGACUCACCUGUGCAGAUGGAGAAGCUGCCUUUGCCAGCUGAUGAUGAUGACAACAACAUAGGAACCACAGAGUCAGAGGUGGAUUGUUACUCUGGCCAGGAGCAGAGCUCGUCUGAACCGGCUGCUCGAGCAGGAUGGAACAGUAAAAUAGAGUAUUUCUUGGCUCAGGUGGGAUUCAGCGUUGGGCUCGGAAAUGUCUGGAGGUUUCCUUAUUUGUGUCAUCAAAAUGGAGGAGGGUCUUUUCUCUUGCUGUAUAUCCUGCUCAUGCUGGUGAUAGGCAUCCCUUUGUUCUUCCUGGAGCUGGCAGCUGGCCAGGCCAUCCGACAGGGCAGCAUCGGUGUGUGGAAGUUCAUCUCCCCGAGGCUCAAAGGGAUCGGAUACUCCAGCUGUGUGGUGUGUUUCUUUGUGGCUCUCUACUACAAUGUGAUCCUGGCAUGGAGUCUUUUCUAUCUCGGGAACUCCUUCCAGUACCCUUUGCCUUGGGAACAGUGUCCAAAAGAGGGUAAUGUAACAGGUAAACACAAAGCAUUUAAACAGACAGACACACGCUGUUAUUACAUUGUGUUUGAGACAAGUACAAUAUCAUCUUUUCUCCUCUUUACACCAGUACCAGAAUGUGAAAAGAGCUCCCCCACAUCGUAUUUCUGGUACCGCAAAGCUUUGGAUGUCACAGACUCCAUUGAUGAGACGGGCUCUUUUAACCCUUACAUCGUUUGCUGUCUGCUGGCUGCCUGGACCAUCGUGUGCCUGGGAAUGUUCAAGGGCAUCAAGAGCUCUGUCAAGGUGAUGUAUUUCUCCUCCAUCUUCCCCUAUGUAGUGCUGUUUUGCUUCCUGGUACGAGGACUCAUGCUGGAUGGGGCCUCAGAGGGAAUCACUUUUAUGUUUUACCCAAAGCUGGAGAUUUGGGCCGAUGUCCAGGUGUGGAGGCAGGCAGCCACCCAGGUCUUCUUUGCUCUGGGCCUCGGCUUCGGGUCCAUCAUCGCCUACUCCUCCUACAAUCCAAAGAACAACAACUGCCACCGUGAUGCCUUCAUAGUCUCCUCUAUAAACUUCCUCACGUCUGUGCUGGCCACUCUGGUGGUGUUUGCUGUGCUCGGCUUCCGCGCUAAAUUAAAGGUCACAGCAUGUGUAGUCGGUAAUCUAAAGGAUUUAUCAGAGCAGGUUCGCAGUGGUUUUGUGGACAAAACCCUGAUGCCAGACUUUAACUACUCUGACCCCAGCUCUGUGGCUCUAAAAAACUACAAGGAGUGGUUUAAACAGUAUGGAAACAUGGUCCCUGGUAAUUUAACAGACUGUGACCUGGAAGAAGAGAUGCAGAAGGGUGUGGAGGGCACAGGCCUCGCCUUCAUUGCCUUCACAGAGGCCAUGUCUCUCCUGCCUGGCAGCCCCUUCUGGUCGGCUCUCUUCUUCCUCAUGCUGCUUAACUUAGGACUCAGCACCAUGUUUGGCACUAUGGAGGGCAUCCUCGCACCGCUCACUGACCGCUUCAAAACUCUGGCUAACAACAAGACCAAACUCACAAUCUUCAGCUGCAUCAUUGGCUUCAUUAUUGGCCUGCUCUUCACCCAGCGCUGUGGGAACUACUUUGUGAUGAUGUUUGAUGAUUACUCUGCCACUCUGCCCCUCAUCAUCGUCGUGGUGUUUGAGACCUUCAGUGUGUCCUGGCUGUACGGUGCGGACAGGUUCCUUGAUGACAUCGAGGUUAUGUUGGGGUGGCGCCCCAGUGUGAUUUACAAGUACCUGUGGAAAUAUAUCUGCCUGCUCGCCAUGCUCGGUCUACUGGGAGCCACAACCAUUCAAAUGUUAAUCAAACGGCCCACAUAUGUGGCCUGGAAUGAAGACAAGGCUUCUGAGGUGACCAUGGAGUACCCCAGCUGGGCUCUGGCUGUUUUGGCUAUUCUGAUCAUAUUUGCCAUGAUUCCCGUCCCACUGGGCCUGAUCCACGCCAUGCUGCAGGACAGAACAAAGAAAGCAGCGCGGGACACAGAGAUCGGUCAGUACAGAAUUGUGAGCACCGAUGACAAAUGUGAAACCCCUAUGAAUGACAUGUCCGAGCUGGACCAAAAGAACAGCACCUCUGCUGAUUUUUAAAGGAACAUUGGACUUGAUAUCACACAGUGUAGACAAAAGCAGUGAAUGAAUCACACACAGCUUCAAGUGCAGCUGUGGCACAAAGAGAAGGUCCUCAUUUUAAUAUUAAAACCCUUUUUCCACUUUAUUAAAUUAAAUUAAGAACAAACAUAUCCAGUUUUAACACAUCAAAAAAUCUCACUGUUUAUCAGUUACAUGUUUUAAAAAAUUAAAAUGUGGAACAAAUAUCUUUUUAACUUUUUUUUAGAUUGUUACCAUAAUGAGCAAACCAUGUUGUUAUUCUUUGCUUAUGCCAAACACAUCACCUCCAUGAGUUUUUAUUUUUGUAUGAGUAGUUCACAUGUCGAGUUCUCUUUGUCCUUGAUGUUUUUGGUUUUUUUUUGCCUCGUGAGAUGUGUCUAAAUUCUGUCUGGAUUCCAUUUAGACUCCUUUAAUGCCAUCUGGAUGACAUUUUUCCCCCAAAUCUUGUCAUUUGUUCAAAACCAGCAGAUGUUCACUGCCUAAUUGUUGAUCAAGUAUGACAACUUUAAUGUCUGUUGUGCACGAGCUCAAAGCUCUACUCGUAUGUUCACUGAGUGAGGCUGUGCCUACGCUCGUUAAAUCAGGAGUUAUGGUUUAACAAAUGUAUUACUCCAGACCAUUAGAAACAAUAACCCGUCCAUACUCGUCAAUGCACCACAGCCCAGUAGUACCUGAUAUUUGUACAAUCCUGGAUAUUCAGAGAGGAAAACCAGACAGCUGCUGUGUGAAGAGCAGGUUACACACAAACGUUCAAAGUAAAGAGCAGAAUAGAACACAAUAUUAAAAUCCUCCAGGAAUGACCUGAAUAUGAUGUACAAUAAUAACCACUGUGACAAAACAUUUUUUUAUGACUGAGUGAGUUAGAAAAAAUAAGCAGGGACAAUAAGAUCUCUUUCAAAUUAAGAAUGUUAAUGUUUGAGUGGACAGAUGUUUUUAAAAGUGCUAUUACACAAACUUUAUAAGCCUACAAUACAAUACAUUUUAUAGACACGGACCAUAAACAUGGCAGCCUUAUACCAGGUUUGACUUGGUAGCACGGUAAUAAUGGUCGUUAUCAAAAUGCUCUAGGCUGGGUUUAAGUUGAGCCGAGCCACAACAGUGAAGCUGAGCCUGAAAUAAGGCGGGAACACGUGGAAUUGAGUGACUGUUACAAACAGGAAGUAAACUCAGUUUUUCUAAAUAAUGCAGCCAUAGGGAACAGUAUUAAUGCUAUUCACCACACAGAAGCCAUUCAACAAUGUUUACAGCUCAACAAACAACCCAGCCUCUGUUUGGGUCUUCAGGUUCAGGUUGUAAUGUUUACAGGUGUGUUGUGUAGCUACACAGGUAACACACUGCUGAUACACAGUAUGGUAUGUGAAAGUUCAGCUGUUGGCUUUGUGAUUGUUGUUUUAGCAUCACUGUUUUCUUUUAGCGGUGAGAAACAAUCAGGUCGGACUCUGAAAGUUUCAGUUUAAAUCUUCCUGUGGUGUCGAUCUCUGUGAUGUCAGAAAGGGGGUGGGGGGUUGUUGGUGUUAAUCAGCCCACACUGUUGUGGCCAUCAUGGUGCAAAUACAAAAUGUAAAUUCCUUUUUGAAAUGUAAAUAUGAAAUGAAACACUGUAAGUCAACUUUGUACAUUUGUUAUUACUGGAGAUUUGCAUGACGCAUGUUUUUGUUUGUUUAGGAGGCGCUCCUAUUGUUCACAUGUCCAUGAAUGUAAUUUUAGUGUUUAUAUUGUAAAAUAUAUUUUUAGACUUAAAUCAUUGAACAUCAGUGUCUAUUUGGUAUCCCUUUAUCUGAAAUGACAGAUUCAGCUGUUUACUUGUUUUCAAAAUGAAAUGAAUGUUGUAUAUUUGUAAACAAAGUACCUGCAGGUUUAAUGAGGCUGA